AUGGAAAAGCUACGAAACGACCAAGUGGACUCUUUGCCGUUGGCAGAGGCAUUUUUAAAACGCGCUGAAGCAGACUUAGCUGUGCUUGAAGCGAAAGGACCCGUCGAAAAGGCAAAGGCCAUACUGCAGAGAUGCAAGGCCAAUGUGGAAUUGGCUCGCAUUUAUGAGAGUGAAAAGGGCACGAGCCUUAACACCUCAAGUGUCCUGGGGAGCACGAGCGCUCCCUUAAAUGAGUCAGGUAGCACGAGCUCAAGUGCUGCUCCUAAUAUCUCCGAUAUAGAGAUAUUACAGAGCGACGGAGCGCAGCCGGAUAGAGACUGGGACAUUGAAAAUCCGUCGAUGAUUCGGGUAGCUACUCCAAUGGCAAACUCCACUCCAAAUGCAAGAAAACCGAGGUGCAAAAAAUCUCGACCAGCAGAGGAUUUUACCGUUUUAAAUAUCCUCACCACGGAGAUCAAAAGUAUAUUCUGCCACAACAGUAUGGUAGACCGCAUUGCGGCCAUGCUGAACUACUUUCUGUUGCAUUUGGUUGGACCGCGCAAGGAGCGCUUCAAGGUAAAGGACAAGAAGGAGUUCGACUUUGAGCCGGCCCAAACGGUGCUGGAAAUCUCGCACAUCUACAUCAAUCUAAGCACCGACGACAGCUUCUGUCUGGCAGUCUCCCAGGACGGUCGCUCCUACAGCGACCAGCUCUUUGGCUUCGCCGAGAACAUUCUCAUAAGGAUCGGCGGGGGCCAGUUGAUCGGCGACAUGUCCGAGUUUGCGGCCAAGGUCAAGAAAAUGGGGGAUCAGUACAAGGAGGAGCAAGAGUUGCUGGCCGAUGCCCCAGAGGAGUACUUGGAUCCGAUUAUAUCCAGCCUGAUGACCGAUCCCGUCAUUCUGCCCAGCUCCAAGGUCACCGUCGACCGGUCCACCAUCGCCCGCCACUUGCUGAGCGAUCAGACAGAUCCCUUCAACCGUGAGCCCCUAACCAUGGACAAGGUCAAGUCCAAUGAAGCCCUCAAGCUGAAGAUCGACCAAUGGAUCGAGGGCAAGCGUAGUGCGGCACGCUCCAAGAGCUGA